UUAGUACUUCCGAUUUUUCCGUGUUUUCAUAAUGGUCAUGAAAAUUGGCGUUUGUGUGUUGGUUGGCCCUAUUCUCAUAUUAAGUCGUGUACACAAGAAAUGCCAAAAGUCUGAAAGUGCCUCGCUGCAAACGAACACUUAAGCGUGCUGUUUUGCCAGAAAACUAUUGAUUUUGAAAUUUUGCUGCUGCAGGAUGCCUGAUUUACCGUCAGCCGAACGCUUGCAGCAAGAAGCUGCCAAGCUUCUUACGGAGGUUAAAGCGUCUCACAAGAUAAGUCAGAGAGCAAUAGACCAUUUUGUGAAAGGAGUAGACACUCUUUAUGAUAUAUUAUUAGACGUGUUGAAGGAAUUCAUGGUAGAGAAGUUGUCUAACCGUGAUGGAUACCUGACUAUUGCAGAUGUGACAACCACCUUAGAGCAAUUAAAGGGACAGUGCAUUUUUGAAGGAGUGCAAACCAAGGCCAAACUGGACCGCUACAAUGCUUACAUGGAGAGUAAGAAGAAGCGUGAAUCACAGCCGUAGAAAGCGCGUUGCAUUGCUUCCAUUACUUGUUUAAGUUAAUUCAUUCUUUGAGAGUAAUUAAAGUCAUACCGUGCAUUAAGUGAA